AUGCAAGCUUUCUUUCAGAGAAUUAAAAUCGCCUUGCGCUGGAAUCGCCGGGAGUCCUGGAAGAACCUCAAGCAAAUCACGAGCAGGCACUUGACGAACAACACGAGGCUGGAUGGUGUUGCGGGGAUCGACGAACUAGAGAUAGCUCUGGCGAUCAACCUGACCGAUGCAGUCGGCAAGUUUAUCUCGGAUGCAUUUUGUAUGAUUCUCUUUGGCAGCACAGAAGUGAGAGUUUUGGAUCUGGUAGCCCAAAUCGAAAAGCAAGCAAUCAACGUGAACAUCGGAAACUUGUUCCCAGCGCUGGAUUUCCUGGAUCUCCACGGAGUAAACAAGACAAUGAAGGAAACUCUCAUGCCAGAGCUGGAACAAUUGCUAAUACAAGUGAUCGGCGCUCACAAGCAAAACAAGGCGAGGAUUGAGUCUCAAGGGCAGGAAUUCGUCAGCAGAGAUCUCACAGACGUGCUAUUAUCUCUCGAGUCCCUACGAGACAUAUCAAUCGUCGCACUGCUCACUGUAAGUGAUACCACGCACUUUUCAGUCUGGAACUUACUCUUUGCACAGGAUAUACUUGUCGCUGGAGUUGACACGAUCAAGUGGACAGCAGUCUGGGCCAUGGCCGAAGUUCUAAGAAAUUCCAGAGUGAUGGAAAAAGCACAAGAAGCAGUAAAGAACACGAUAGGGAAGUCACAACUUGUCAAGCACUCGGACCUCGUCAACUUACCUUACAUCGAAGCAAUCUUCAAAGAAGUGUUGCGAGUCCAUCCAGUGGGAGCUCUUGGCGUUCCUCACCACAAUCCAUCCAAGGCAACACUCGCAGGCUACGACAUCCCCAAGCACUGCACCGUUCUCAUCAACAUCUGGGCGAUCGGGCACGACCCACGGCACUGGGAGAAGCCCGAGGUGUUUCGCCUGGAGCGUUUCCUGGGCGAUCGAGCGAAAUCCAACCAAGAACUCAUGAUCCCAUUCUCUGCCGGGAGGAGAACUUGUCCGGGCAUGCCAAUAGCUUCCCGCGUGGUUCCUUUUGUGGUUGCAAGCUUGCUCCAUGCGUUUGAUUGGAAGAGUGAAGGCGAGAUCGAUUUGUCCGAGAGGUCGUCGGGAACUCUCUCGUGUAUGCCGGCGUCCAACUUGGUGGCAUUCGCAUCGGAAUUCUAUUGGAGUCAUAGCCAAGCCUUGACUGAGAAAGAGGUAGCAACAGCAGUCACACCCUUGGCUUUAGGAGAAGUGUUGGAGUUGAAAUCCAAGGGAGUCGCUGCCUUUGAUGGGAGGAGAGGGUUCAAUACCUGGUCCGAGAAAAUGAUGCGCAUGCUGCAGAUGGAAGAACUUUGGGAAAUCGUUUCACCACCGACAAUCGCUGUAGAUGCUCAUACGCGGCGAGCCCCUGCUACGUUGGGAGCUUCAACUUCGGUGGAAGGAGAAGUCGUGGAUGAAGAGGCAAUUCGUGCCUCUGUUGCAGCAGCUCGACAAUAG